AUGUACAGCCUCCCAUUGUAUGUCGGCUUCGGGUAUUUUAUCGUCACUGUUCUAGCGGACUACCCGGAAAAGCCUACCAGCUAUGCUUACACCUACCGUGUGUUCGGGAAGAAACAGAAAUACACCGCGAAAAGGGAGUAUACCUUCAAUAAUGGAUACGGCAAGAUGGUGGUCUCCAAUUUCAAAUCACCCCCCGUAGUUACUUCUUACAGUACCUACAUCAACCAUCCAGCAGAUGGCCCCCACGAAGAAGCCCACUUCAAACAAGAAGAAGAAGGAGCCUUCUUUGGAGAUGACGAUGAAGAGAUCGAGAAGUUUUGGAAAAUCUACGACGAAGAAGAUGAAAGGAAAGAAAAGGAGCAAAUAAAAAUAGAACCUCUACAUCACGAGGAACACGAAGAAAACAACUUUGAAAAAUACUGGUUUGACGAUGGUGACCAAGAUGCUCCAGAAGAUGAACACAAGCACGUUGAAGUUGAGGACUUUGACAGCAAGGAAUAUUAUAGUGAUUACUGGAAGGAGUUUGAAGAUAUAGAUGAAGAGCCGUACUUCCAGUUUCCGGAGGAGACUGAUUCUGACUUUUGGAAUUAUUUUUGGAAUGAUUUUGAGAGACAAGGUGGUGAAUGGUGA